AAAUGAGUAAGGAUGGCGAUAAUGUGCUCAAUUUUGAAAAGGCAAUGUCACAAUUUUCUGCCAUGUUUCCAGACUUGGAUAAUAAAUUGAUUGAAUCAGUUCUGAGAACAAAUGAUGGAAAUGUUGAAGAAACUAUAGAAAAAUUGUUAGAAUUAAGUUGUACAACAGCCAGUACUUCUGGUAGUGAUAAAAUCUCAAAGGGCAAUGAAAUUAAAAAUGAGCCAAGCAGAGCUGAACACGGACAACCAUCAAGUAGAGACCCCUGUGCAGAUGACGAAAAAAUUGCCUUGUUAAUUCAAAAUCGAGAAUUUCUGAGUUAUCUUCGACAUGACCCCAACUUUCAAAAAGCAAUUAUUGGAAGACACCAAGCUUCUGCCAAAAAUGCCCACCAUUACCCACUUCCACAUGGCUCCCCUGUUUUGCUUUCUUCCUCAAAAUCGUUACUUUCCCCAAACAACCAUCUUUUUAAUAGAAAAGGAGGAAGAGAAUGGGGGAAUAAAUAUUCGGAUAGGUCAACAACAACAAUCAAGAAAGUUGACGAAUUGAAGCCAGCUAUACCUGAAGGGCCUUUGAUUGAAUAUUUAAAUGCUGGAGAGUCUAAAUGGUCAGAAAAAAUAAAAUCCAAAUUGGCCAAAAAAGCGCCUGAUGGAAGUGAACAAUUACCAGAAUCUCCUUUAGUUAGCUAUUCUGACGAGCAAAUGCAAAAAGGAAUUCAAGGAAUUUUAACGAGGGGAGGGCACAAAUUAAUUGAGAGUUUGGCCAGGAAAUUUAAUAAUAAUACAAAUUAUAAAUAA